AUGAACUAUUGCGUGCAAGAAAUGUAUGAAGCUCAGUCAGCUGCCAACAGCAACUACUACAUGCAGCCUUCGGAUUAUUGCCCUUAUAUCGAAGAUAGUCAGAGUUACAGCAGUUGCGAUGCUCAGGUCCUGCACAAUAACAACAUAUAUAUGGAACAGGCCUGGGCGGUGAAUCAGCCUUAUACCUGUAGUUACCCUGGAAACGUUUUUAAGAGCGAGUACUCUGACAUGGACAUGGCCCUGCAUCAGGACAGCCAACCUGAAUAUUUCACUGAAGAAAAGCCUACUUUUUCUCAAGUGCAGUCACCAGCCUACCCUCAGAAGAAAGGGUACAUACCCAGUUACUUAGACAAGGACGAGUUAUGUGUUGUUUGUGGUGACAAGGCCACUGGAUAUCACUAUCGUUGUAUCACUUGUGAAGGUUGCAAGGGUUUUUUCCGAAGAACAAUUCAAAAAAACCUUCAUCCAACUUAUUCCUGUAAAUACGAAGGAAAAUGUGUGAUAGACAAAGUCACAAGAAACCAGUGCCAGGAAUGUCGCUUCAAGAAAUGCAUCUAUGUUGGCAUGGCAACAGAUUUGGUGUUGGAUGACAGCAAGCGACUAGCAAAAAGAAAACUGAUUGAGGAAAAUCGGGAGAAAAGACGUCGAGAAGAAUUACAGAAAACGAUUGGAGUGAAACCUGAACCAACAGAUGAAGAAUGGGAGCUUAUUAAAAUUGUUACAGAAGCACACGUGGCCACGAAUGCACAAGGAAGCCACUGGAAACAGAAAAGGAAAUUUUUGCCAGAGGAUAUUGGACAAGCACCAAUAGUAAAUGCCCCAGAAGGUGGGAAAGUAGAUUUAGAAGCUUUCAGCCAGUUUACAAAAAUUAUCACACCAGCAAUCACAAGAGUGGUGGAUUUUGCCAAAAAGUUGCCUAUGUUCUGUGAGCUGCCAUGUGAAGAUCAGAUUAUACUUCUGAAAGGUUGUUGCAUGGAGAUCAUGUCCCUCAGAGCAGCAGUGCGUUAUGACCCAGAGAGUGAGACCUUAACACUAAAUGGAGAAAUGGCAGUAACAAGAGGGCAGUUGAAAAAUGGGGGCCUUGGUGUAGUAUCAGAUGCCAUUUUUGACUUGGGUAUGUCGCUAUCAUCAUUCAACCUUGAUGACACGGAAGUUGCUCUUCUUCAGUCUGUACUGCUGAUGUCUUCAGAUCGCCCAGGUCUUGUCAGCGUUGAAAGAAUAGAAAAGUGUCAAGAAAGUUUCCUCUUGGCGUUUGAACACUAUAUUAAUUACAGAAAGCACCACAUUGCACACUUUUGGCCAAAACUGCUGAUGAAAGUGACAGAUCUACGAAUGAUUGGAGCCUGCCAUGCUAGCCGCUUCCUGCACAUGAAGGUGGAAUGCCCCACAGAACUCUUUCCUCCUUUGUUCUUGGAAGUGUUUGAGGAUUAGAAAGACUGAAGAGAUUCUUGGAAAUUCUAUAGCACUACUGGGUGUCAUUUCAUUCCAUUGCCUAGUUUUCUUCUUCUUACUUUUGGUCCAUUCCCAUUUUGUUCCACCUCGUUUGGAGGAUUAUUUUUAAUAGGCACGAAUGAAUGAAGAUGUCCCUUCAAUGCGGGUACUUGUCACAAUUGCGUUUUUUUGUGUGUCCUUUACUCCUUUCGAUGUGAAUCCUUUGAGAGUUUGACCUCGAGAAUUUUAAGUGUAUUCACCAGCACUCAGGUGACCCAUGCUUAUACUCAUUGUUUGGAGAGAGAUGGAUGAAAUAUAAAUAAGUUGAGGUAGCAAGAAAAUGGAUAGAUAAUUCCUGCCAUAUUUUAUACAGUAUUAACUCACUUUCUGUAUGUGAGUCUUCUGCUGAGGAAUUCAGCACAGCCUAGCAAGUGUUAGUCUUGCUGAAGACCAAAUGAAAUCAGUUGCAGUUGUAUACAAGCUGGUGUAUAAUUCAGCUGUAUAGAGUUCACUGCAGUGUGCUCCCAGAUAACCAGGUAUAGCAUUGCAACUUUAGCCAUGCCUAAUUUCACCUUGCCAUACUUAAGAAUAGGUAUUUUUAUCCAGCUGAAGCUUCCCACCACAAUUAUAAUUACAUCAUCAUUUUGAGGUUAUUAUGAGUAUCUUAGAAAUCUAAUUACAGGUAGUCCUCACUUAACAACUGCCCUGUUUAGCAAUGAUUCGAAGUUACGA